CCCAGCUGCGCAGUGGGACACGGUGGAGUCUCGUGUUGUCACGAUGCGGGCUAACUGUACUUUAAUGAAGUGUCCAGUCAGUUGACCGCUGUGCAGCGGCUGGACAGAGCUCAGUGCGUCAUGACCGGCCAAAGAAACCCUCUGGAGCGCGCGGGCUGCGCCUCCAGACUCUUCCUGUGCUGGCUGUCUCCUUUACUCCACCUGGGCACAAAGCAGCGUCUGGAGGAGAGUGACAUGUACAGUGUGGUUCAGGAGGAUCAGUCUGACACUUUGGGCAAAGAGCUGCAAAGUUUUUGGGAGCGUGAAGUAAGAAAAUCUAAAAAAGAUCUUUGUGAGCCCAGUCUGACCCGGGUCCUGUUCCAGUGCUACGGGGCUGUGUAUGCAAAGGCUGGGCUCUUUGCCUUUUCUUUGGAAGCCAUCAAAGUCCUCCAGCCUCUUUUAUUGGGGAAAAUCAUUUUAUUUUUUGAGAAUUAUGACCCGAGUGAUGAGCGUAGUCUGUGGUUGGCCUACACUUAUGCAGCCGCCAUUUCUCUGUCCACGUUUGGCCUCACGUUUCUGCAGCAUCUGUACUACUACAACUCCCAGAGGGUCGGGAUGAGGAUGAGGGUCGCCGUGUGUCACAUGAUCUUCAAGAAGGCUUUGCGACUCAGCACUGAAUCUGUUGGACGAACCACGACCGGUCAAAUCGUGAACCUCCUCUCCAAUGAUGUGAACCGGUUCGAUGAGAUCACUCUAAACCUGCACUACCUGUGGAUAGGCCCCCUACAGGCCGCCGUGAUCCUUGCGUUGUUGUGGUAUGAGAUCGGCUUGUCGUGUCUGGCUGGAGUGACCAUCGUGGUGCUAAUGCUGCCGCUACAGACCUGGUUUGGGAAGCUCUUUGGGCUUUUCAGGAGUAAAUCAGUGAUCUUUACAGACAAUAGGAUCCGCAUCAUGAACGAGGUCGUGUCGGGCAUCAGGAUCAUUAAGAUGUACGCCUGGGAGAAGCCGUUCUCUGCUCUGCUCACUGACGUCAGAAAAAAAGAAAUCAGUCAGAUCAUGAAGAGCUCGUACCUCCGCGGCCUCAACAUGGCGUCUUUCUUCGCCAGCAGCAAGAUCAUCGUCUUCUUCACGUUCACCGUUUACGCUCUCCUGGGGAACGCCAUCACGGCCAGCAGCGUGUUUGUGACCGUGUCGUUGUACGGGACCAUCAAACUCACCGUGACCCUGUUCUUCCCUCUGGCUGUGGAGAAGCUCUCAGAGACUCGGGUCAGCGUCUCCAGGAUUACAAACUACCUCCUGCUGGACGAGGUGGAGCAAAACGACGCCGUUCUCUCUGCAGAAGACGCUGAAGCCGCCGUGUCGCUUCAUGACGUCACCUGUUACUGGGAUAAGAGUCUGGACGCUCCAUCGCUCCAGAACGUUUCCAUCACAGCGAAGCCUCAUCAGCUGCUGGCCGUCGUCGGGCCCGUGGGAGCGGGGAAGUCCUCUUUGCUCAGUGCUGUUUUGGGGGAACUUCCUCAUGACUCCGGAGUGCUGAAGGUCAAAGGUCAGCUGACGUACGCCUCGCAGCAGCCCUGGGUCUUUCCCGGAACCAUCCGCAGCAACAUCCUGUUUGGGAAAGACCUGAACCCUCAGAAGUACGAGAGGGUCGUCCAGGCGUGUGCUCUGAAGAGGGACCUGGAGCUGCUCCCUGAUGGAGACUUGACGUUAAUUGGUGACAGAGGUGCCACUCUGAGCGGAGGGCAGAAGGCACGGGUCAACCUGGCCAGAGCCGUGUAUCAGGACGCAGACAUUUACCUCCUGGACGACCCUUUAAGUGCCGUCGACGCUGAGGUUGGAAAGUUCCUGUUUGAUCACUGUAUCCGAGGUUUACUCAAGAACAAGUGCCGCAUCCUGGUCACUCACCAGCUGCAGUAUCUGAAAGGAGCCGACCACAUCAUCGUUCUGAAGGAGGGUCGCAUUAUGACUCAGGGAACAUACCAAGGCCUGACCAGGUCCGGGUUUGACGUCACGUCUUUACCGAACAGUGACGACGAGCUGUGGCUUCGUACCGUUGAGCCAGACAAACCUUCCAUCAGGAGUAGAACCACGAACCAGUCAAACAACUCCCACAGCAGCCUCCUCCAGCAGGACGUCCACGAGCUCCCGACUGAAACCGUUCACACCAUCGCAGAGGAAACUCGUGUGGAGGGUAACGUUAGCGCUGACGUUUACGUUCGCUACUUCACUGCAGGCUGUAGUUGUGCGGCUCUGCUCUCCAUCGUCCUGCUCAGUGUCGUCGCUGAGGCGGCGUACAUCCUGCAGGACUGGUGGCUCGUGUACUGGUCAAAUGGACAAGUCGCCAACAACACAACUGAAAUAAUUAGAAAUCUCCACAAUGAAACGUCCUCGAUCGAAGGAAAUCUGAGCUUCUACCUCGGCGUUUACUCAGGUUUGACCAUCGCUGCUGUCGUCUUUGGAUACGCCAGGAGUUUAGUGAUCUUCCACGGCCUGGUCCGAUCCUCCCAGAGUCUCCAUAACGACAUGUUCAGUGCCGUCCUCCGCUCACCCGUGCGAUUUUUUGACGUCAACCCCAUUGGACGAAUUCUGAAUCGAUUUUCCAAAGACAUCGGCCAAAUGGACUCGUUGUUGCCCAUAACGUUUGUGGAUUUUUAUCAGUUGUUUUUACAGAACGCUGGAGUCAUCGCCGUCGCCGCCUCCGUCAUCCCGCUCAUCCUUAUUCCAGUCCUGCUUCUUCUUCUACUGUUUUUAUAUUUAAGGCGUUUCUACCUCCAGACGUCGCGGGAUAUUAAACGUCUCGAGGCUACCACCCGGAGCCCCGUGUUCUCCCACCUGUCCUCGUCUCUUCAGGGUUUGUGGACGAUCCGAGCGUUCAAAGCCGCCGACAGGUUACAGACGCAGUUUGAUACGUAUCAGGAUGUGCACUCAUCAACAUGGUUCUUGUUCUUGAUGACGUCCCGAUGGUUCGCUCUGCGGCUCGACGGGAUUUGCUCAAUUUUCAUCACCCUAACGGCUUUUGGCUGUAUUUUACUCAGGAACGGUCUGCACGCUGGAGAGGUGGGCCUGGUGCUGACCUACGCCGUGACCCUGGUCGGUAACUUCCAGUGGACGGUCAGACAAAGUGCAGAAGUGGAGAACAUGAUGACGUCCGUGGAGAGGGUGGUGGAGUACACGGAGCUGGAGAGCGAGGGGCCGUGGGAAACCGACAAGAAGCCGCCUCCCGAUUGGCCGAAGCAGGGCGCGGUGACGUUCAACGAAGUGAACUUCAGCUACGGCGACGACGGGCCCCUCGUCCUGAAAGACCUGAGCUUCAGCCUGGAGCCCGGGGAAAAGGUCGGGGUCGUGGGGAGGACCGGGGCUGGAAAGAGCUCUCUGGUGUCUGCUCUGUUUCGUCUUUCGGAGCCAAAGGGAAAGAUUUACAUCGACGGAGUCCUGACGUCAGAGCUCGGCCUGCACCACCUGCGUCAGAAGAUGUCCAUCAUUCCUCAGGAUCCAGUGCUGUUUAGUGACACUGUGAGGAAGAAUCUGGACCCGUUCUGUCAACACGCUGAUGUGGACUUGUGGAACGCUUUGGAAGAGGUGCAGUUGAAGGCCGUGGUGGAGGAGCUUCCUGGUCGUCUGGAGACCGUCCUGGCCGAGUCUGGCUCUAACUUCAGUGUGGGGCAGAGGCAGCUCGUGUGUUUGGCUCGAGCUGUUCUCAGGAAGAACCGCAUCCUGGUCAUCGACGAGGCCACGGCCAACGUGGACCCGAGGACUGAUGAGCUGAUCCAAAAAACGAUCCGACAGAAGUUUAAAGCCUGUACAGUCGUCACGAUCGCCCACCGCCUCAACACCAUCAUCGACAGCGACCGAAUAUUAGUCCUGGACAACGGCGUGAUCCAGGAGUUGGACCGUCCCGUCACGCUCCUCCAGGACACAGGGGGCGCCUUCUUUAAGAUGGUGCAGCAGCUCGGUCAGACUGAAGCAGACGCUCUGCUCGAGGCGGCCAGACAGGCUGCACACCGAGAGCGCCCCCAGGCUGUGGGUUGAGUAACGACACGUCUCUUUGUGAUUCUCUCAGCCAUGUGGACCCAGACAAACAGUGUGAGCUGCUUUUCACUCAGUAAAAGGUCCCGAAUUUAAGGAGCCACUGUGAAGCAACACUGUAUUUUUUUACUUUUGUGUUUAAUGAAUGUGCAUCUUUUACAAAAAUGCACAAAGUAAUCGUUUUGAGUUGGAUUUCCUCAACUGUUUUCAACCCAAUAAAAUGU